AUGCACUUGAGCUACGUCCUUGCUUUCCUGGUGCAGGCCGCUGCGUUUGUCGCCGCGGCAGAUGAGCCACCAAAGGUCAAAUGGACCCUUCACAAGAACGGAGACAAGGCGCUUCGUGAUGCCAUCCUCUUGGGAAUGGAAACCACCAAGGAUCGCGCCGUGGCUGCGUCCACCAAGAUCCUAGACACCGGCAACGAAAAGGUGCAGGCGGCCGUCAAGUUGCUUCUUGGCGGCGAUGCUGAGAAAGCAAAGGCUGUUAGUGAACAGUUCAAGCUGUACAAUGGUCUGGAGGGGCCAAUAGGGGCGCCCUCGGACAAGAACGCCCUGACUGGGGCCAUCUACCUCGACUCUGAUGCUUGGAAGGCGGUGGCAAAGGACAAUGACAAACAUUACCUCAACUUUGUCAUUUACUGCGCACCGGAUAUCCUCGAAGAGAGGGAUGAGUGGGGUAACAGGAUCUGGACAGACUUCGGACGCCAGCGACAGUUCACCUUGGGCGGUUCGACGCUGGUGCAGAUGAAGACCGAAGCGGACAAUAAUGCCUGGAACAACCCCAAGUCCAAGAUUCUGGGCCUCACGGAAACAGACAAGCCUGGAGAGCGGGAGAAUGGCCUCCCCAGGGGCGACCUUAAGAAGAUUGCCGAGACCAUCACGCUCCACCCGCUCUGGUUACGAGAGAUGAAGGACCACGCAUAUGACCUGCUGACGGCCGAGAAGCUCGCGGACAUCAAGAAGCCGUCGGCUUGGCGGACGUUCCUCCAGCGCCUCAAGGAUGCGGAGCCCGAGGCGCGGCCCAUCGACGCCCUGAUGGGACUCGAGGGGACUCUACACCACGAGACUUACCACUUGACCUCGUUUGGCAAGCUGCUGGACAUGCCCGAGGGCGCCGGCGCAUAUGGCUGGGUCAACAACCAAAAGACCAAGAACAUCAAGAAUCCGGAUCUUCUGGCGUACCUGGCGCUCAUCAUUGACCUCGUGGAGAACAAGAGCUGCAAGAUCAACGAGAGGGGCGAGGUGACGCCCCCCUCGUGA